AUAUUUCGUUUUUUGAAAGAUUGAGUUGGUGCCAGUGCAGUGGUUUUCCAUUUGUGUCUUGCAUCUUUCAUCAUGGCGGAACCUGCAUCCAAAGUUCGUCCCUGCAAUGGCCUCCGACUUCUCCAGUUUGAGAAGGACGGUGUAUGCCGAGUAGGUGUGGAGGCAGCUCCCAAUGGCGACAUUGUGGACGUUACGAGGAUUGAUUCCUCAAUUCCCACUGACAUGGUUGCUUUCUUGGAGGCAGGAGAAGCUGCUUUGGAUGCUGCCGCGGCUGCUGUAGCCACUGGCGAGGGUGUUCUCGGUAGGGACAGUGUCAAGAUCCGUGCCCCGUUGUUCCGGCCCGAGAAGGUCAUCUGCGUCGGCAUGAACUACGUCGAUCACUGCACCGAGCAGAACAUGCCCGUUCCCGUGGAGCCCGUCAUUUUCAGCAAGUUUGCCAGCGCCAUCGUCGACCCCAAUGCCGAUGUAGAGCUUCCACCGGAAACAGAGGAGUUGGACUUUGAAGUGGAGCUUGCGUUUGUGAUUGGUCGUGGUGGAAGGCGCAUCCAGGAGGAAGACGCCAUGUCUCACGUCGCCGGCUUCACAGUGGCGCACGACGUCAGCGCUCGCGACUGGCAGCUGCGUAAGAACGGUGGCCAGUGGUUGAUUGGCAAGACGUUCGACACGUUCUGUCCCAUCGGCCCCUCCAUCGUACCGCCAUCGGCCCUGUCGGAUGUGCACAACCUCGGUAUCCGCUGCCGCCUAAAUGGUGAGACCGUGCAGGAUAGUAACACAAAUCAGCUCGUACACAAGACACAAGCCUGCAUCAGCUUCAUUUCAAAAUUCAUCACGCUCAAGCCUGGUGACCUAAUCCUGACAGGAACUCCACCAGGAGUGGGUUGUUUCAGGAAGCCACCACUCUGGCUCAAGAAAGGAGAUGUCGUAGAAUGCGAAAUUGACGAGAUCGGCUGCAUCCGCAAUCUUAUUGUGUAGACACAUCCUUCACCCAGUGCAAGGAACUGUUCUGUGCUGGCAAGGCAGAGGAAGUAUUGAAGCAAGAGCAGAGGUCCGACCAGGCUGUGCGUCGGUGUUUGCGCCGGUCAGUCCGGCUCACAGAACACACCAGAGUCUUACUUCACAAGGAGAAGUUUCCGCAUGGAAAUGGUUCUACCUAAUAUCUUCUUGACUGGUUCAUUGUGUUCGUCGCUCCGAACUUCGUAGCCUUGCCAUACUUGUCUUUGUUAAUUUCUACUUUUCCUUGUUUUGUAAAAUUCUAUUGAGCUAGUACUACUAGUCUUGUAGUGCUCUGUCGCUGUUUCCUCUAGCUUUCUUUCUCUCAAGUGCCGCUGGUUUGGUGUCUUGUUUCUUUUCUGACAUGAUUUGAAAUGGUAUGAAGCUCGGAACGCCACUGUGUACUGUGCCGACCACCUUCACACACCCUCUCCUGUAGGUAUUUCCAGGCAGGCUGGUGAUGCAUUUAAAAAGUAUUCUGUAUCCAAAUCGCUGUGAUGCUGGA